UGUCUGGCAUACACACUCCUAGCAACAACAGAAGGUUUUAUGGCAGAGAUGGCAUCAACAUAUGAAGGUCCCAAUGAAUCACAUGCUUUUCAGAACUUGAGGAUUUUGUUGUUGGGAGUGUCUGGUGUUGGUAAGAGUGCAACAGGUAAUGCAAUACUGGGCAGAGAAGCAUUUAAAGAGAAAACAACCACAGUGAGUGAAGUCCAGAGAGGCAGAGUAGAAGAUAGAAACAUCUCAGUUAUUGACACUCCAGGAUUCUUCAUCACUGAACUGACUGAUGAAGAUCUACAGAAUGAAAUGAUGAAGAGUCUUUCUCACGCUCAUCCUGGUCCUCAUGUCUUUCUGCUGAUAGUCAAACUGGACACGUACACAGAAGACAAUGCAAGAAAGAUGGUAGAAAAGAUUCAGAAAAGUUUUGGAGAAGAAGUGUUGAAGUUCACCCUAGUGCUGUUUACCGGGCGAGAAAAAAUGUCUAGAAAAGAAUGCAAACAGUUUAUUGAAAGUGAGAGAACCAAAGAGUUCUUGAGUUGUUUCUAA